UCGCAGAGCUCCCCAGCUCUUCGCCCGGCUCCGGUUCGAGUCGAGUUCCCAGCGCUGAAUGGUACUCAGAAGUCCUGGGACUUCAUGAAGACACAUGACAGUGUGGCCAUUCUCAUGUUCAACUCUUCCCAGAAGAGCCUGGUGUUGGUGAAGCAGUUCCGGCCAGCUGUGUACAUGGGCGAGGUGGAACGCCACUUCCCUGGGUCCCUGGCAGCCGUGGACCAGGACGGACCUCGGGAGCUGGAGGUGGCGCUGCCCGGCGCGGCGGGGGUGACCUACGAGCUGUGCGCCGGCCUCGUGGACCAGCCGGGGCGCUCCCUGGAGGAAGCGGCCUGCGCGGAGGCCUGGGAGGAGUGUGGCUACCGGCUGGCCCCCUCCGACCUGCGCAGGGUCGCCACCUACAAGUUUGGUGUGGGACUGACUGGCUCCAGCCAGACCAUGUUCUACGCAGAGGUGACGGACUCCCAGCGGAGCGGCCCGGGUGGGGGCCUGGCAGAGGAGGGCGAGCUCAUCGAGGUGGUGCACCUGCCCCUGGAUGGCGCCCAGGCCUUCGCAGAUGACCCGGCUGUCCCCAAGACCCUCGGUGUCAUCUUUGGCAUCUCGUGGUUCCUCAGCGCUGUGGCCCCUGGGCUAGGUCCCCGGUGAGAUGCCAGGGGGUCGAGACCAAGGUUGUCCUGGCCACCUGCUCUGCAGACCAAAUAAAGGCUUGUGUAACUCCA